AUGAAAAGUUUUAAAGUUUAUGAUGCGACAGAGUUAUGGCAAAAGGAAACAAGUUUGCCUUCGGUGCCAACUUUCAGCCAAGUUUUGGACAAUGUAUUAGGGAGUGAUGGAGUGCAGCUCGGCAGCAUUACAGAAUUGCUUGGCUUACCAGGUUCUGGUAAAACACAGCUAUGUUUACAACUGUGUGCAUCAGUACAAAUACCUAAGGAGUUAGGUGGAUUAAAUGCAGAGGCUUUAUAUAUUGACACCAAUACAAAUUUCACUCUAUCUAGAUUUAGAGAUGUUAACAGGGAAAUACUUAGUGCAAGUUUCCUGAGAUGUCAAAAAGUGCUAGAUGAACCUUUACAAAUAAGUGAAGACGAAGCCCUGAAGAGACUACACUAUGUCAAUGCUUUUGGACUUGAAAGUUACUGUUCUUUAAUGCACACAUUACCAAAAUUUAUUGCAGAACAUCCUAAUGUCAAAUUAAUAGCUAUUGAUUCCAUAGCUUAUCCUUUUAAAGAUGGCAUAUCCACUAAACAAAGAACAGGUCUUCUAUUUAGGCAAAUGGCCGAUUUGCAAAGGAUUGCCCUGCAAAACCAAAUUGCUGUGGUUAUUACAAACGAAAUGAGUACGCGAGUGGGCCUAAGUGGCGGCUCCGUAGUGGGUGCCUUAGGUGAUGCGUGGGCGCAUCGCUGCAACGUACGCCUGCUCCUUUCUGCGCCACACACUGCACAAGACCCGACGCACCGUCUGGCCUUGCUGCUAAAGAGCAAUAUCGCCAGUACUGCUGUUGCUACUUUCCAGAUAACAUCAGAGGGAAUCAGGGAUGUGGAAUGA